AUGUCUUCUAUUCCAUCUGAAACUAGUUCUAAACCAAAGUAUAUUCUUAUUACUAACGGUGAGUCCUAUGUCGGCCAUUCUCUGGCAAUUUUUAUCGCCGAUCAAUUGGUUCGAAAAGAGGGCCAACUGAAAAAAAAUUGGCGUGUUCGAGUUUUAUGUGAAGAUAAGAAAAAAUUGCAAGACCUCGAGAAAAAGGGCAUUGAAGUCAAGGAAGUCGAUUAUGAAAGCCAAGCUGUUCUUCGUGAUCAAAUGAAAGGCCAAAUCAAGACUAUGAUUUGUAACCCUUUCUCCCAAAAUGAUGACCGUUUAAUUCAUCGAGGUAAAAAUUUGAUUGACGCUGCUAUUCAUAACAAAAUCAAGCGUAUCAUGAUGAUUUCCAUGAUGGGAUGCUCAUUUUCAGAAGAUAAAGAAACCCCUGCUGGUCAAUUCAACUUAUUGGAGGAACACCUUCGUAACUGCUUCAAGUACGGUGACUGGGUUGUUUUCAGAAUUCCCAUGAUUCAGCAGUACAUGUACUUUUGGUCAAGCAUGAUCGAGAACAAGUCUGUUAUUGGUAUGCCUAUUGCCGAAUCCAAUAUGCUGACCACUGUUAAUAUAAAAGAUGUUUGUGAAUGUAUCUGUCAAGCUGCCUUGUCCAAGAAAUGCAUAGUUUGGGGUCAGACAAAAAAUGAUGACGUUAUCAGUGAUAGCAGCAGCAGCAACAGCGAAUAUGUCACUACCCAUACCACACUCAAGAGAGUCUAUGAAUUAACAAGCGAUAACGUUAUGACACUCACAAUGAUUGCUCAGGCACUUUCUGAUGCACUUAAAGAAGCGGGAUUUAGUUCCGAUGUCGAACCUGCUACGAUUACCAGAGAGCAACUCGAGAGUUACUUGAAAUUUGUUUCUGAAGAACCUGCUGAAGCUAAGGUCGAGUCCUUUUUGACCAUAAUUUUCCCUGAUAUUAUAACCAAAAAACGCAAUAUUAGCACCGGUGGAUUGCUUUCUAACUUCAGAUCCCUAUUUAUUGGUAGCGAAGUAGCCAAACCUUGUGAAAUGGACGAUCCUAAUUGGUACCCUUCUCCUCCCAGGUUUUUGACUCCAUUUUGUAUCCAAGUCAUCCUGGAUCAUCUCAAUAUAUCUCGUCAACCCGAAAUUCCCAUGUUGCCAAGUAGUGAUGUACGUGAUAUCACAGGUCGCAAACCGAUUGACCUUUCCUCUUUCUUCAUGAAAAAUCGUCGUCAGUUCCGACCCGAGUUUGUCAAUUGA